AUGCGGACCCUUCACUCUCACCUCCUUCACCUGCUGCUAAUGCUAAUGCUAACCUACUCUCUAAGCGCGUCCACGAACAGCGACAACAACAACAACAACAACAGGAAGCAGCGAGCUCAGUCCCCGCCGAGAAGGAACGCCAAGGUUAAAGGUCACGUCAUCAACGGCACCGCGCUCCCGUUCGCUUCCCCGGAAAAGAUCACGCAACUCCAAGCCCCGGCGGUCCAGCAUGACACCUGCUUGGGCUACUACGACGUCAGCGGGCAGUUCGAUAAGGAGUUCGCUUGUAACAACACAGACCACAGGUUUUGCUGCGGGAGUUGUUUUUUGCGUUUUUGCUGCGCCGAUCGCGGGAAAAGAUUGGAGCAGAGGACGUGUACGAACUAUAACACGCCGGAUUGGAUCAAAACGCAGCCGCCGUCACCCGCGCCGACCGGAGACACGUACGACCCGGAGCUGGAUCGAACCAACACGACGGUUUACAUCACGUGCGGCGUCAUCGCGCUCAUCAUCGCCAUCGGAAUCGCGGCGAAAGUGGCGUACGACAAGGCGACCAAACCGCCGCAGGAAAUGAACGUGCACAGGGCUCUGGCAGACAUCAUGCGGCAGCAGGGCAUCUCCCAGUACGAGCACGACGACAUGGCGGCUGUGGACGGCUCUCCCAAAGACGAGACUCCGGUCAGAACCUCCAAGAACCACUACACGCCUGUGCACAGUAACCACGGCAACCACGGGCAUUAUGGGAAAGAAAACCUGCUUUCUGGAGGACAAGACAUGCACAACUUUAUCUCCUCUGGAUUUGUGACGCUCGGACGAGGACACUUAAAGGCUCAGCAGUCGGUGGAUGAGACGUCGUGGCAGGGAGAUCUGGACAUGCCCCUCUCCUACGGAAACCAUCACCAUGACUACCAGCACAGCCACCUGGACCUGACGGCGUUCACACCCAAACGAGCCCAGUUUGGUUAUGAUCGUCCUCAGAGGAAGAACAACAUUCUGACGGCCGCCACAGAGCCAUACGACGUGUCCCUGUCGCGCUCCUUCCAGAACCUGUCUCACCUGCCGCCGUCCUACGAAGUGGCGCUGAAGUCCGACAUAAGUAAAUACAGCAGCUCAAUGAUGCGGCUGAAUGACAAAGACCUGGACGACUACUACCCUCGAAAGCACCAUCACCAGGACUUCCACGGCCCCGCCCACGGCACCACCCACAUGGUGAAGUUGAGCGCAGAGCCACCGUCCCACCAGCAGAGGCAACGCCCUCGGGGCCGUGUGCAGAGGGCCAUGUCCCAGGACCAUGUGCUGUCCCCUCCGAGGACGCCACGGCGAGACAGGGACAGCUACGGUCUCUCCCCGUACGGGGCUAUGGCGACCAACGCCUACGGCAGCAGCAGAAACCUGUCCAACGAGCAGCUCCUGUCAGUGGAGCGCCUGUCACAGGACCCCCUGCUCCUGUCGCCCGCCAUGAGGAGGGACAAGUUCAGACAGAAGGCCAUGGCCCGGGCCAUGUCUCACGCAGACAUGCUGAUGCCCUCGACGCCCGUGCACGACCGCCACAAAGUUACGAAGAUGCACUCACAGCCAACAGAAUCCUACAACACUCUGUCUGUGAACCACCUCCAGCCCUCCGCCUCCAAACGACACGCCUUCGCCUCCAGGAGAACUCACACUGUGGACCACAUGCAGUACAUGUCCGGACACAUGUCUCUGUCUGGGAACGUGUCCGGGAACAUGUCAGGACACACUUAUCGCAGUGCCAGUAAGAACGAGGUCACCGUCUGA